GGUUGUUUUUUGGGGCACUCCUUCCUGGGGUGGGGGCCACUCGAGCGUGGCUCACUGCAGCAGAUGGGAGGGCUUACGAGGGAAGAGCGUGCUUCCCCAGCCCCAGGAAGCCAGGAUGUGUGUCCGGAGAUUCAUGCUCACUCUGCGCAUCCCUGGGGAAGAGGCAGCAGCCUCUGGGCCCUCUCAGACUCCGGUGGAUGUCCUCAGUCAAUCAGUCCUGCACGGAGGAGUCCUGGAGACAGCGGUCGCCCUUGGAGCCCCCAGGCUUAGGAGGAGCCAGCUCUGCAUCUGGAGGGCGAAGGAAGACAGGGCAGGAGCACCCUGUCUUGAUGACAGGUUCUCAUCAGAGUAGAGGAGACGCACACCUUCCCCCAACUCUGCAAGAGAGGAGUCGGGGGCAACAAGGAGAAGGAGUUCUGAGAAGAGAGGGAAACCAAAACAGCAGGGAACUGGAAAGAAAGCAGAGUCGACGACCAGCCAGACACUGCAGGCGUAAGGCAUGCCCACCAAGGCUUCCCAGCUGCCACUCACCACCACCGCCAACACCACCACCACCAGUAGUUCUGAGAACAGCAGUUUCAUCUAUGACUACGACUACUUGGAUGACCUGACCGUCCUGGUCUGCAGGAAGGAUGCGGUCCUGUCCUUCGGGAGAGUCUUCCUGCCAAUCAUCUAUGGCCUCGUCUUCGUGCUGGGCUUGGCUGGGAACCUCCUUCUCCUGGUGGUGCUGCUCCGCUAUGCGCCCCGGAGACGGAUGAUUGAGCUUUACCUGCUGAACCUGGCCGUCUCCAACCUCCUGUUUGUGGUGACGAUGCCCUUCUGGGCCAUCUCCGUGGCCUGGCAGUGGGUUUUUGGCAGUUUCUUGUGCAAGGUGGUGAGCAUUCUCUACACGAUCAACUUCUACUGUGGCAUCUUCUUCAUCACUUGCAUGAGCCUGGACAAAUACCUGGAGAUUGUCCACGCCCAGCCCCUCCAUGGACGGCAGUCCCGGGUCAGGAGCCUGCUUCUCAUCGCCGUAGUGUGGGCCACAGCCCUGGCCAUCUCUGUCCCAGAAAUGGUCUUUGUGCAGGCCCACCAGACCGCAGAUGGCGUGUGGCACUGUUACGCGGAUUUUGGCGGACACGCAACCGUUUGGAAGCUCUACCUGCGCUUCCAGCAGAACCUUCUGGGGUUUCUCCUCCCACUCUUGGCCAUGGUCUUCUUUUACUCCCGCAUCGGAUGUGUCUUGGUCAGGCUGAGGCCUCCGGGCCAGGGCCGGGCUCUGAGGAUGGCCACAGCCCUGGUGGCAGCUUUCUUCCUGCUGUGGUUCCCAUACAACCUCACUCUGUUCCUGCACUCGCUGCUGGACCUGCACAUCUUCGGGAACUGCCAGGUCAGCCACUAUCUGGACUACGCGCUGCAGGUGACUGAGAGCCUGGCUUUCUUCCACUGCUGCUUCACCCCUGCACUCUACGCCCUCUCCAGCCGCCGCUUCCGGCGGUAUCUGAAAGCAUCCCUGGCUGCGGUGCUGAGACGGCACCAGGAACCUGACGCUGCCCAUGCCCGGCCACCCAGCUAUUCUGAGAGCAGCGGGGCUACUGCCCAAGAAGACGUGGUCAGCAUGAAUGAGCUUGGAGAGAGGCGGGCUGAUGACCCCGUUGGCAAGGGGCAUAUGGGGGAUGAUCAGGCCUGAGCGGCCAUGCCACAGUCUGGGAAGAGCUCCGCGCAUGCGUGCGCUGUCUCUCUGGGGGCCAGCGCACAACUGCGCGACUGCGCUGUGUGCCCCAGUGGCUCUCAACCACUGCUCACUGCUGCCUCUUCCUCCAUCUUCCUGGACCCCGUGCUGUCCGCUGAAUCCCUGCAACCGUCUCCAUGAUCUCUGCCUCUAUCCCGUGUGCUUCGGUGGCUCCCUGGGACCCCAGCAGCCAGGGAGGUGGGUCCAUUCUUGGGCUUCCAGGGCCAUGUGACCAGCCUACCACACUCCUCAUCGCUACCACACUCCCUCCUGGUUUCCGGGUACAGGGCACACUGGCCUCCACUUGUGUUUCUGGGGUAUCGCAGGCUCAUCCCAGUAGGGAGAGUUCAGCUAUGUCAUCUUCCUGGGCAAUCUUCCCCUUGGGAAGAGAUUGGCGCAUUCCUUCACUUCCUGGGGUCAUCUUGUGGUUGAGGGGGGCCCAUGCUCAACCAACUUAAUUCCCUACCUACGUACCUGAUGCCCUGGGUCACCUGCCUCUGCACUUACACUCAGUUCACAGACUUCCCUGUUUGUUGUUUUCACUGGUUACUGCUUUAAGUCCACCCACCCAGCUGAGCUGCAGAGGAGGCUCUCAGUGCAGGGCUCACUGCUGCACUCAAACCCACGCCUUGGAAGCUUGUGUAUGAAUGGAAGGCAUUUAGAAGUAUCUGUGGAGCAAUGAGCUCUUUCUGUGAAGAGCCGCGGGCUCUCCACACACCAGGGCUGUCCAGACACCAGGGCUGUCCACACACCAGGGCCCCUUCUCUGUAACUCGGAUGGGCAUAUAGCUUCCUGCCCUUGCCAGUAGUUCCAGAACUAUAGCCUGAGGACACUGGAGAUGCUGUAGCCAGAGAACAUCUGGCAGGAGGAAGGCAGGGACCAUCCCCGGCUCUGGCCUGAUCUCGGGACCUUCCAUCUUUCCCGGCUCUGUCAGUCAAGUUCAAGUCUUUAUCUGAACUUUCCAAAACACACACUGGUGAGAAAGGCCGUCCUUCAACACAUCCUGCUGGGAAAACUUUCUGUCCACACGUGGAAGAUCAAAACCAGAGCCUGUCUCUCAUCCGGCACAAAGAGCAGCUAAAAAUGGAUCAAAGGCUUCACUGUAAGACCUAAAGCUUGGAAACCCCCGAGGGAAAAGCACAGGGGAAGCAACUAAAGGCAUCAUCAGAGGCAAGGACUUUCUGAGCAAAGUUCCAGCAACCCAGGAAGUACAAGCAGAAACCGAGAGGCAGGGUUGCAUGGAGUUGCCGUCUCUGAGGCAGGGGACAGUGGUCAGAAGAGAGCUUACAGACAACCUAACCUGGCUUAUGCCUAACAGGGCCAACAUCCAGACAGCAGAGGGAGCCAAAAACUCAAGGUCAAAUAAUCCAAUGGGGGGAAAGAAAUGGGUGAGUGAUCUGAACAGACAUUUCCCAAAAGAAGACCAGAUGCUCCAUAAAUACACAAAACACUCUGCAUUCUUGUCCACCGCAGAAACACAAAUCAGAAUGACGUUGUAACUCUACCUCCCGCCGGUCAGACAGCUGUUACCAGAGGAGCAACAGGAGCAGCAGAAUCAUGAACUCUGGUGGACAGGGAGGAAAAGGGACCCUUAUAGCCUGCUGUUGGGUAAAUUGGUACAGGUGCUGUGGGCAGUAAUUUGUGGGUCCCUUAAAAAACUAAAACUGCUAAGGAUCUGCCAGUCAGUCAGCACACUUCAGAGAUAUCACACACUGGGUUUAUCAUGCCGUUUUUAAACAAUAUCCAGGAUAAGGGAUCAGCAUAGCUGUCCAGCAGCUGGUGAAUAGACGUGGAAAAACACACCAUACACACGAUGCAGAGUAUUACCCAGCCUUGAGGGAGAGGAGGAGGAGAAGCCAAAAAAUGGACAGGGUUCUGGGUGCGUGAAGUGACAUGAGCCAGACUUAGAUGAAUAUCACUAAUUUCCUCUGAUUCAUGGAAACAAAGACACAAAAGAGAGCACGCUUGGGAGGAGGAGAGGGGAGAGGGCAGAGAAAGGAAGGCCCGAAGGGUGAAUUUGGACACAGCAUGACAUACGCAUGUAUGGACAGGUCACAGAGAACUCUGUAAGUCUACACAGGAUGAGUUCAUAACUACAACAAUAAUAGGCUAUGCUUGACACAGAGGCCAGGACGUGUGUGUGUGUGUGUGUGUGUGUGUGUGUGUGUGUGUGUGUGUGCGCGCGCGCAGGUGCUCAUGAGUAUGUAUGUGCCAGUGUGUGGAAAUAAAAGGACAAGCACAGGUGCCAUUUCUCAGGUGCCAUCACCUUUGUUCUUUGAGACUGGGCCUGUCUUCGUCUCCCCAAGUUGCACUUGCGUGUGCACCAAGCCUGGCUCUUGACACAGGCUCUUGGGGUUGGACUCGGGUCCUGGUCCUCGUGCGGCGGGUGUUUCACUGACUGCUGCUUCUCAGCAGCACCCAGACAUCGGCACCCUCCGGCUGCUCCAUUCCCUGAACAGCGCCACUCCGUGCCGCCCUCUGCACACCAGCCCUGUCUGCCCUGCCCUGCUCCCUCUUGUAAUAAAGCUUGCUUCUGGGCAGGUGUGCCCUCCCUCA